AUGCAGACUUCUACAACAGUACUAUCCGUUACGCUGCUGAUUGCCACUAUCUGCCCGCUAGUAGCAGCACAGUUCAACCAGUGCACCGGCAGUGAUAAAUGCAUCAACAUUAACGAAUGUGCCCGCUUUGGUCCACAUUUUAAAGAUCCUUCCAAAUGGUCCGAUAGCAUCAAAAAUGAAUUCCGUGCAAGGGUGUGUAAACGUGAACAGACCAGUAGUGGCAAUGUCUACAAGGUGUGCUGUCAAAAAUCAGUCACAUACAACAGUAACCGUAAGCGUGGUCUGGAGGUGCUCGACCUGGAAGGGUGCGGAGCAUACUCUGAGGAUAGAAUCGCCUUCGGACAGGAUGCCAAACUAUUCCAGUAUCCUUGGAUGGCGCUCCUAAAGCCCAAGGUUGGUAACUUCCUCUGUGGCGGUACACUGAUCAACGAGCGUUACGUACUGACGGCGGCACACUGUCUGAGGCACGCCGAUGUUGCGAUAGUUCGUUUGGGCGAGUUUGAUCUGAGAAACACAACCGACUGUGACAAACGUGGUGAGUUGUGUGCACCGCCACCGCAAGACAUUCCGGUCGAACGAGCCAUCGUGCACGAAAACCACAGUGGGCGCCGUAAGGUGAACGACAUUGGAUUGAUCCGGUUGGCUCGAGCAGCGUCCUUUAAUGAUAACGUAGCACCAAUCUGCUUACCUGUAUCUCCGGUAAUGCGUACCACACUGAAAACCUAUUUCGUUGCCGGCUGGGGAGCAACCGAAUCCGCCCCAUUCUCGAACAAGCUUCAGUUCACCAAGCUGAGUUUGCUGGCAAACGAUGAGUGCGAACGGCAAUUGCUAAAUGUGGAUCCGUUCACAAAGCUAAACGACAAUCAGAUCUGUGCGAUCGGUACGAAUCUGACCGAUAACUGUGUCGGCGAUUCGGGUGGACCGCUCAAAUCGAUCAGCGUCAACGCACGCUACGUUCAGUACGGAGUAGUGUCGUUCGGGUUGCCAACAUGUGGCAAGCAAAGUGCACCGGGUGUUUAUACCAAGGUGGAAAGCUACAUCGACUGGAUAUUGGAUCAUCUGGAGGAAUAA